AAAGAAUAUAAAUGUGUAUAAUUUAUGUUAAUUUUGGUUGAAAGUUUCAGUUUUUACUUAACACUAUAUAACAUUUCAUUAUUUUAUACAGUAAAAAAGAUGCCUAAUUAUUAAUUAUUUAUCAUUUUUACUUAAUGCCAUGUUUUAUUGCAUGGUCAAAGUCGAAGGUCGAAGCUGGAAAUAAAAAGCUUCCCACUCGCCGUAGCUCGGGCCUGACUACGUUGGCAACAUGGCGUCCUCAGAGGUCCACGUCCGAAUAUGCGAACAAGAAAUACUCAAAUAUGACUUGGAGAUAAAAGCUCUGAUCCAGGAUAUUACUGAGUGCACAGGCCCUCAGAGCGAGCUGACAGAGCUGAACGCAAAUGUGAAAAAGAGUUUCCACAAUCUCAGACUGCGGAUUCAGGAUUUAGAGCAGAUGGCUAUGGAGCAGGACAAAGAGUCGGACAAGCAAGCUAUGAUUAGUCAGGUCGAAGGACACAAAAAACAGAUGCUGAGUAACCAAACAGUUUGGAGGAAAGCCAACCUGGCCAGCAAACUGUCCAUAGACAAUAUGGAAAAGCAGGCACUUCUUAAUGGAGCAGAUAGUGCUGUGAGGCAGAGGAAGAUGACCAAAGAGGGACUGGCUCAGACAUCCAGUGACAUUACAGAGAAUCUUAUGAGCAUCAGCCGGAUGAUGGCGCAGCAGGUUCAGCAGAGCGAGGAGACCAUGACGUCACUAGCAACCUCCUCAAGGACAAUCCAAGAGACCAACGACGAGUUUAAGACCAUGACGGGGACCAUUCAGCUCGGGAGGAAACUCAUCACCAAGUACAACCGCAGAGAGCUCACCGAUAAACUGCUCAUCUUCCUGGCAGUCGCCCUCUUCCUCGCCACAGUUCUCUACAUCCUUAAGAAGAGACUGUUCCCCUUCCUGUAG